CCGGCCCAACCAAUAGUUGGACAAUUGAAUGCUCCCUUUUCUCUAUUUUGUGUACCAGGACGAGCAACAGGCUCCAACAACGUUUUAGCACAAAAAAAGUGACUUGUUCGAGGCCCUGGCAUGGAUGAAGUACGGCCUACCAGUGGUGCCCCAGCCCACGGGCUGGUGCCGCUGUUUCCUCCGGGACUACAGGCUAUCUAUGGAGAAUGUCGGCGACUUUACCCCGAGCAGGCCAACCCUCUGCAAGUUACUGCCAUUGUUAAGUAUUGGCUUGGUGGACCAGACCCUUUAGACUACAUCAGCAUGUACAGGAACAUGGGCUGUCCAGCCCAGGACGUCCAGGAGCAUUGGCACUAUGUUAGCUUUGGCCUGAGUGACCUUUAUGGAGACAAUCGUGUUCACGAAUUUACUGGAGCAGAUGGACCCAGUGGGUUUGGGUUUGAGCUCACUUUUAGACUCAAAAGAGAGGCGGGAGAGACGGCACCUCCAACGUGGCCAGCUGAACUCAUGCAAGGCUUGGCUCGCUAUGUGUUCCAGUCAGAAAACACAUUUUGUAGUGGUGACCACGUGUCAUGGCACAGUCCGCUGGACAACAGUGAGUCUCGUAUCCAACACAUGUUGUUAACAGAAGACCCACAGAUGCAGCCAGUUCACACUCCCUUUGGCACAGUGAGCUUUCUUCAGAUUGUGGGUGUGUGUACCGAGGAGCUGCAGGCGGCCCAACAGUGGAAUGGCCAGGGAAUCCUGGAGCUGAUGCGUGGAAUCGGAGUCAGGAGAGAGUGGACAUGGGUAUUGAGACGGAGGGCUCUAAUCUGAGUGGGGUCAGCGCUAAGUGUGUAUGGGAUGAUCUGAGUCGCCCGCCGGACGACGAAGAGGACAGCCGGUCCAUCUGCAUCGGCUCACAGCCACGCCGGCUCUCUAACAAAGAUACAGAGCAGAUCAGAGAGACCCUAAGAAAGGGACUAGAGUUCAACAGCAAGACGGCACUACCACCCAUCAGCAGCCAGAAGCAGAACCACGAGAGGUCUCAGAGCCGGAAGGAUAGUCUGGAGAGCGAGAGCUCGGCAGCCAUUAUUCCUCAUGAGCUGGUCCGAACACGACAGCUGGAGAGCAUUCAUCUGAAGUUUAACCAAGAGUCAGGCACACUCCUGCCUCUCUGCCUGCGGGGCAGGUUGUUGCAUGGAAGACAUUUCACUUACAAAAGUAUCAACGGAGACACGGCCAUUACGUUUGUGUCCACAGGAGUAGAAGGAGCGUUUGCUACCGAGGAGAAUCCCUAUGCGGCGCAUGGCCCUUGGCUUCAGAUCCUGUUGACUGAGGAGUUUGUUGAGCAAAUGCUCGGGGAUUUACAGGAGCUCAACACUCGCGAGGAGACAAAGCUACCUAAGGAGUACAGUUGGCCUGAAAAGAAGCUGAAGAUUUCCGUCCUACCAGACUCUGUGUUUGAUAAUCCAUUGCAAUGAAACGGAAACACUUAAUGGAAAAAGACACAAUUCUCCUCAGACACACGUUCAGAGCUCCUAGUGCCUGCAUACCAACCCUGCUCUAAGGGUCGUACAUAUCUGGAAAUCCAGAGACUACUUCACUUUUGAAGAUGAUCCUGAGAAUCAACUCAACAUUUCUGACUGUUACCCAGUUUUCAAAGACCUGCUGUUUACAACAUUUCUCUGAGGUUUGAAUACUUGCGAGGUGAUGGAAUCAGCCUCGAACCAGCCUGUUCACAUGGCUAACCCGUGAGAACGCUCCUGCAGGCCUUUUUUAUGCUUUUAUUUGUCCAGUUGGCCAGAAAUGUACUGUAAUACUGCAGCUGAGUGAGUGUCCACGAGCCUCAGACGCGGUGUUGGAAGCAAUGACUCUCAAGGCAAGGGCUAUUUAUUCCAGUGGCCUUAGAAAGAGAAUAAAAACACAAAGCAGUUUAUCAGUGUUGUUUUCAGAAAUGCUUUUGUGUAUAGUAUUUACAAAUGCUGGACAUUUUUCUUUUAUGUGUUUGUGUUCACGCCAAAGUUUCAACUGUUUCCGUAGCAAUAGCUUCAGCUAAAAGCUAAAUAUUUUUGACACUUCUUAGAUAUGAAAUGCUGCUGGUGUAGCCACCUCCCAACUCCACCAUGCCAGCAGCCACCUCCCAACUCCACCAUGCCAAGAAUCAUACCUCUUAGUGUUUUUUAAUCACAUGAUUUCUCUCUGUGUGUUUUUUUGAAAUUUAUUUGAACCUGCUUCAGAGUGAGUGUAUUUCCUCGGUGCCUUGAACUCGUUUCCGUUGAAUGUGGAUGUUGCGUUUGGCUCCACGGUUGUUAAACAACAUCUCUGUCCACUGUUUUGCAUUCCUUUUCGACUCUGUGAUGUAGACAAAACAAGCUUUAUUACUGUCUUCUUUUAGAACACUAUUCGUAACCAUACCAUACCAUACCAUUUUAUUUAUAAAGCGCAUUCAACAUGGCAUUACAACCAGACAAGGCGCUGCAACCAACGCAAUGUAUUUAUAUCUGUCCUUUUUUUAAUCUGAAUAAAGUUUAGAUAUGGAAUUUUG